GUCUUCAGAGAUAAGGAAAAAAAAAAUGAAGAUGCAUUUCCUUUUCCUUUUCUUUCUUGCUUGCCCUUGUUUCUUCAGUGCUCGUCCUGCAACCUCAACUUCGGUAGAGACGGCUACAUAUAUUGUUCAUAUGGACAAGUCUCUGAUGCCCAAAACCUUCAGUAGCCAUCAAGAAUGGUAUUCGUCAAUAUUUAAUUCCCUCAAAUCUACCAACAACUCCGUCUCCUCAUCACACAAUGAUCGUAGCCUCCCAUCGUCAUUUGUUUACUCUUAUGAUAACGUUGUUCAUGGUUUUGCUGCUGUUUUAUAUUCUACUCAACUUGAAACUCUUAGAAACUCCCCAGGUUUUGUUUCUGCUUACAAAGACAAGAUGGCCACAGUUGACACCACCCACACUUACCAAUUCCUUUCCCUCAAUCCAUCCACUGGCCUAUGGCCUGCUUCCAAUUUUGGUGAUGAUGUUAUCAUUGGAGUCAUCGACAGUGGCGUUUGGCCAGAGAGCAGGAGCUAUAGUGAUGAUGGUAUGACUGUUGUGCCUUCGAGAUGGAAGGGAAUCUGCGAGGAUGGAGAAGAGUUCAACUCCUCCAUGUGUAAUUCAAAGCUUAUUGGAGCUAGAUAUUUCAAUAAAGGUGUUUCAGCUGCCAAUCCCGGGAUUAAAAUUGUAAUGAACUCUCCAAGGGAUAUUAAUGGGCAUGGGACCCACACUUCCUCCACAGCUGCUGGUUACUACGUUCAAGAUGCAACAUUUUUUGGCUAUGCUACUGGUACAGCCAGAGGCAUGGCACCACAAGCUAGAGUAGCCAUGUAUAAGGUCAGCUGGCAAGAGGGCGUCUAUGCCUCCGAUGUUCUUGCUGGCGUGGGCCAAGCUAUUGCUGAUGGUGUUGAUGUGAUUUCUAUCUCAUUGGGCUUUGAUGAAAUGCCAUUAUAUGAGGAUCCAAUUGCCAUAGCCUCAUUUGCAGCAAUGGAAAAGGGAGUGGUGGUUUCAUCUUCAGCAGGAAAUGCAGGGCCAGAUCUUGGGACCUUGCAUAAUGGGAUUCCGUGGCUCUUGACUGUUGCUGCUAGCACUAUUGAUCGUUCAUUUACUGGGACAUUAACUCUAGGCAAUGGCCAAACCAUCAUUGGAUGGACUUUGUUCCCAGCUAAUGCAUUAGUUGAUAAUCUGCCAUUGGUUUACAACAAGACUUUUUCUGCAUGCAACUCCACUAUAUUGUUAUCUCAAGCUCCGGAUGACGCCAUCAUCUUGUGUGACGAUAUUGGGGUUGUUUUUGGUCAAAUAAAUGCUAUUGCAGCCUCACCAUAUGUGGCUGGUACUAUUUUCAUUUCAAAUGAUCCAAUUUUGUUUGAAUCAGGUCGUGUUUAUAGUCCUUCGGUUGUGAUUAGCCCCAGUGAUGCACAAGCUGUCAUUAAAUAUGCCACAACCGAUGGGAAGGCUUCCGCUAGCAUGAAGUUUCAGCAAACCAUUCUGGGCACAAAGCCUGCGCCAGCGGCUGCCGUUUACACUUCAAGAGGUCCCUCACCGAGCUAUCCUUACAUUUUGAAGCCAGAUAUAAUGGCACCUGGUUCUCUAGUUUUAGCAUCUGGGGUUCCAAAUAGCCAUGCAGCUGAAAUUGGGUCCAACAUAUACUUGCCUAGUGAUUUCACUAUGAAGUCUGGGACAUCAAUGGCUUGUCCUCAUGCUUCCGGCGUGGCUGCGCUCUUGAAAGGAGCCCACCCAGAAUGGAGUCCUGCAGCUAUUCGGUCUGCCAUGAUGACAACUGCGAACCCAUUCGAUAACACUCAAAAUCCAAUCAGAGAUAAUGGUGACGAAAAGCUUGCAUACGCAUCUCCUUUAGCCAUGGGAGCUGGCCAAAUUGAUCCUAAUCGAGCACUAGACCCAGGUUUGAUUUAUGAUGCCAUCCCACAAGACUACGUAAAUCUCUUGUGCUCGAUGAAUUACACAAAAAAACAAAUUUUGGCCAUUACAAGAUCAAACAGCUACGAUUGUUCGAACCCUUCAUCUGAUCUCAAUUAUCCAUCAUUCAUCACUUUGUACGAUAACGAAACAAGAUCAGUGUUGGUCCAGAAGUUCCAUAGAACUCUAACAAAUGUGGGAGAAGAUGCUGCAACUUACAUAGCUAAAGUGACUGCACCGAAGGGAUCGAUAGUUAUCGUCUCACCUACGAUUUUGGUGUUUGGAAAAAAAUAUGACAAGCAAAGCUAUAGUCUUACUAUAAAGUACAGAAGGAACAAGAAAAUGAGGGUCCAAUUUGGUUCCCUUGUUUGGACCGAAGAGAAUGGGGUUCACACUGUGAGGAGUCCUAUUGCAAUUUCGCCUCUGGUGAUUAAUUGAGUUGCUGCCAGCAAUGUUAUUUGAUGUUUAGUUAUAUUCCUGUAUUAUAAUUCUAUAAAUGGAAUUUUUUAUUUAGUGAAUUCAAUGCUAUAUACAAUGAUUUUAUUACAACGAU